CAAAAAUUUCUGGCCGGUGUUCAUAUUUAUUCCCAUGCAUUUGUGAUCUGUGUCUGUGGCAUCUGUCUUUUACCCUCCAAGUUUCUAACCUCUCCCAAAGCUGUGGUCCAUUUGUUAUAAAAAUAGAGUCCAUCAGUUUGGCUCAUAUUCAUUGUGUGCUGUGACCUUCUCUGUCUGUAGGUUUCUUGAUUGAGACUCUCUCUUUCUUGUGAUCUUAGGAAAUGGGUAUCUUUGCAUUGGUGACAGGAAGGCCAGGGCCUAGUGGGUUUGGGUCAGCUUCAACUGCUGAGCAGGUCACUGAAGGAGUUGAUGCUAGCAACCUUACCGCUAUUGUAACUGGUGGGGCAAGUGGGAUUGGGUUUGAGACAGCAAGAGUCUUGGCACUUCGUAGAGCCCAUGUCAUCAUUGCCGCCAGAAACAUAGAGGCUGCUAAUGAAGCAAAACAGGCUAUUAUUAAAGAAAAUAUAAGCGCCCGAGUGGAUGUUCUGAAACUUGACCUCUGCUCUCUCAAGUCUGUUAGAGCAUUUGUUGAUAGCUUCAACGCUCUUGAUCUUCCUCUCAAUCUCUUAAUAAACAAUGCUGGUGUUAUGUUCUGCCCCCACCAGCUUUCAGAAGAUGGAGUAGAGGUGCAGUUUGCAACCAACCAUCUUGGUCAUUUUCUCUUAACAAACCUUUUGCUUGAGAAAAUGAAGAACACUGCUAGAACUACUGGUGUAGAAGGCAGAAUUGUGAUUCUGUCAUCACUUGCUCAUACAACCCCUUACCAAGAGGGGAUUCAAUUCGACAAGAUCAACGAUCGAAUUGGUUACUCAGAACUGAAGGCAUAUGGGCAAUCCAAAUUAGCAAACUUACUGCAUUCCAAUGAGCUUUCUCGUCGAUUGCAGGAAGAUGGUGUGAACAUAACAGUCAACUCAGUUCACCCAGGAUUGAUCAUGACACCUCUCAUGAGGCAUUCUCCUUUUUUGAUGAAAACUUUCAAGUUGUUCACCUUUUGGAUGUGGAAGAAUGUACCUCAGGGAGCAGCCACAACAUCAUAUGUAGCACUGCAACCUAAAAUGAAAGGUGUGACUGGAAAAUACUUUGUGGACUGCAACGAGAUGAAACCCAGCUCACAUGCUAGAGAUGAAAAGUUGGCCAAAAAGCUUUGGGACUUCAGCAACAAGUUGAUCGAUGGGGCUUCCAAAAGCUGAUUAUUUAAGAAGCAUAAGCAUAUCCUGUGAAUCUGAGAUGCCUACCACUUGGAAUUGCAAGGCAUAAUCAUUUACAUAUAGUGAUUGUCACUUAUCAUGUGCUUCUUUAUAGUGAUGGGAUUUGAGUUGGCUCUUUCAUUAGUAUGAGGUUGACAAAUCAUCCUUAGAACAAUCACUUUUCCCCUAAGCUGGAAUGGGAAGCGAAAAUCUCUCUUUUUCUC